AUACUACGACAAACAAACAAGUUUCAAGGCAUUGGAAGGAAAAAUUGUGUUAAAUUGACGCCGAUGGAGUUCAUUAGGCGUUUUCUAUUGCCCCUGAGCGGACGCAGACGCAUACCACUUGAAUUUGCAGACAGAAGGAGGAGAUUUCACUCCCACCCACAACAUUUUAAUCGACGCAAAAUGGAUACAGUGCACUCUGCAGGGAUAGCCGAAAUCCAUAAUGUACCUAUGAGUGUAAUCAAACGUCCCAUUCCAUCAAUAUUAGAUGAAAAGAAAGUGCUUUCGCUUAUAGAAACCAUUAAGCAAGAGGAAACCGAGGAUGAGGUGCCACCAAUCGACUUGCUUUGGAUAACUGGCAGUUCGGGUGGAAACUAUUUCUUUAGCUUCGGUGGUUGCCAUCGAUUUGAGGCGUAUAAAAGACUAAAUCGGGAAACCAUAAAAGCGAAACUGGUCCGUUCCACUUUAGGCGAUCUGUACCAUUACAUGGGCUCCAGUGCUCCAAAACAUUUGGAGUAGCCCCAUAGACAUUAAAUGUACACAAAUAUGUGCAAUCUUGUUUUUACCUUUAUAUUUCCUAGUACAUAAAUAUUACAAAAGUAAAUAGUUAUUAAAUUGGCCUGACUUUUUUCUUUA